GAGAAAACGUGAUCGGCCUCGUCCAGCGCUGCCAAAUCAGUAAAACAACAGCCACGAGAACAACUUAAGCACCAUGAACGGAAAACUAACAGCUGAACAGAGAACUCAGCUGAAACAGUGGAUUGGAGAAGAAAGUAAAGGUUUCCGCUUAUUGUACAGGAUAUCCAGGGAUGGCUGUGCUGCAGAUGUCUUCCACCAGAAAUGUAAUAACCAAGGGCCGACGGUCACUGUGGCCUAUAACACCUCCGGCUAUAUCUAUGGUGGUUACACCAGUCAGUCGUGGACGUCUAGUGGAACAUACGUCCAAGAUGGCAAGGCUUUCUUGUUUUCUCUGACCAACCCACAGAAAUACCCUGUGAACAUCACCGCCAAAUCUGUAUACUGCAACACGUCUUACGGACCUACAUUUGGAGGAGGACAUGACCUACUCUUUUUCACUGGCACCAUCCAGAAUGUCAGAAAUGUCUUCACGCUAAACACACAAUCAAGUUUCGGCAAUUCUUAUACAUCACACGGACAUAGCAUCAACAACCUUACAGGUGGUGUGUACAAGGUCUCUGAGCUGGAGGUUUACGCUCUGACAGAUGCAGUUACCGACCAGUGGCGUAAAACCCCAACCUGGGAUGAUAAGCUGAUGACGUCUCUGAAGGGCGCAGUUGAAUGUUACAAACCUUACGAAGGUCUGAAGCUGAAAACUGUUAAUCUUUUAAUGAUCGGUCCGGUUGGAUCGGGCAAGUCAAGCUUUUACAACACCAUCAGUUCCAUCUUCCGAGGUCGGAUAUCGAGCCAGGCCCCGGCGGGCAGCGUGGAACACAGUCUGACCAGUCAGUUCCGGAAGUACAGAGUCCUAGUGGGGGAUGCUGGGAAGCCCACAAGCUUCCGGUUGUGUGACACUAUGGGUCUGGAGGAGGGACAAGGGAUUGAUUCAGUAGAUGUCCCUUUUAUCUUGGAUGGAAAUGUACCAGAUAUGUACCGGUUCAACCCAGCAUCUCACGUGACACCAGAGAUCCCAGACUUCAAUAAAUGCCCACAGCUAAAAGACAAAAUUCACUGUGUGGGAUUUGUACUGAACAGCACCAAGGUAGAGGCGAUGUCGGAGAAACUACUGUUGAAGAUACAGUCUAUCCGGCAUCAUAUCAACCAGAGAGCAAUCCCUAUUGUGGUGUUGUUGACCAAAGUAGACCAGCUGUGUCCCAUGGUAUUUGAGGAUGUAGACGCCACUUUUCGAAGUACUGCUGUCAAGAACAUGGUGGACAAGACCGCGGAGCUGGUGGGAGUACCACGUUCCCAUGUGCUUCCGAUCAAGAAUUACGAGAGUGAAAUUGAGUUAGAUGUUAACGUCAACAUCCUGGCACUUCUGGGAUUGCGCCAGAUGCUGUGGUUUGCAGACGACUACCUGUGUAACCAGGCGGACCUCCUCCAAAAAGAGGAGGACUCUUAACUGUGGUUAUAGGCAGUGUGCCCCCCACCCAGCUCUUGAAAUAUUGAAGCUGCCUUAGACUUAAUAAUAUAACAGCUUGGCUACAAAGUGUUAUAGGUGGUAGUCUAAAGCUGGCAUUGUACGUUGAGAAUACCACCAUUCAGUAUAAAAUCAGUGCAAUGAUAAAAGUUAAAUGACAAUCUUAGCACCGAAGAUGAAAAUUCGAGAAUUUCGAGGAUUUGACAGAUUAUUCUGUGAUUUGAGUGAAGAGCAGUGGUUUUAUUUGCUUGCGGAUUUGUAUUUGAUACAGAUGUCACAUUUGAGUGGAGAGCAUUGGUUUUAUUUGCUUGCAGAUUUGUAUUUGACAUAGAUGUCAUAUUUUAGUGAAGAGCAGUGUUUUUAUUUGCUUGCGGAUUUGUAUUUGAUAUAGAUGUCACAUUUGAGUGGAGAGCAGUGAUUUUAUUUGCUUGCGGAUUUUAUUUGAUACAGAUGUCACAUAGGAGUGAAGAGCAGUGAUUUUAUUUUCUUGCGGAUUUGUAUUUGACAUAGUUGUCACAUUUGAGUGGAGAGCAGUGAUUUUAUUUGCUUGCGGAUUUGUAUUUGAUAUAGAUGUCACAUUUGAGUGAAGAGCAUUGAUUUUAUUUGCUUGCGGAUUUGUAUUUGAUAUAGAUGUCACAUUUGAGUGGACAGUAGUGUUUUUAUUUGCUUGCGGAUUUGUAUUUGAUAUAGAUGUCACAUUUGAGUGGACAGCAGUGUUUUUAUUUGCUUGCGGACUUGUUGUAGAUGUUACAUUUAGUGUCAUUACAUAGACUGUUUUAACAAUAAGUCUAGAACUUACACAUAUCGUUCUCACUACUAAGGAAGACAGGGCAACGUUCCCAUAUAUACAUGGCUCAAGGCCUCUGCUGUUUUCAGCCCAAAUGAAACUAUGUACACCAUAUUUGGUAUUCAGAUGGAGAGGCUCAGUUUUAAGUAAGUAAUACUAGGCCUAUGUGUACGCUUUUAUUAGUUUUUCUAUUAUUGCUUUAGCUGGGGGAUGGGAUUACCAUUGCGGCUUUUAUUUACUUCAUAAUGGUGAUUUUUAUCGCCUAUGAUUCAUUAUCUAAGUAACAAAUGCUAGAGAAUGUUAUUCUCAAACAUUCGUACAUUUCCCUCUGUGUGUACUUCACUGGAUUCCUUGUUAAUGCAAUAUUCUCAUCUUUUAAGUUAUAAUUUCGGUUUUUGCAGUGCCUAGUAGUUUGUUUUGGCGAGUGCUAUAUAGAGUAUAUUUCUUUAAUUAUUGCUAAUGUAUAAGUUUCAGUAUUAAUUAGCAGAUAAAUUUAUGUGACUUUGAGUAUGCUUUUUGUGUAAUUUCAUUAUUAGAAUAUAUUUUCACGAUUAUAGGUAAAA